GCCUAUAUAGUAAAAGUGACUUCUCAUCUAUAACCCUAAAAACAGACCCACUUCCUUAUUCUUUCUCUUUGUGCUGUUCUUGAACUUUAACUUGAAUCUUGCCAUAAAUUUUGCAGUUUGAUUGUGAAGUAUUAGAUGCAAGGUGAUGGAAAAUGGUAGAGGUAGUAGCAGUGAUAGUGGUAAGAGUUGCCAUAGGGGACACUGGAGGCCAGCUGAAGAUGAGAAACUCCGGCAACUUGUCAAUCAAUAUGGUCCUCAGAAUUGGAAUUUUAUUGCAGAGCAUCUUGAAGGAAGAUCAGGGAAAAGCUGCAGAUUGAGAUGGUACAACCAACUUGAUCCCAACAUCAACAAAAAGCCCUUUACAGAUGAAGAAGAAGAAAGACUUCUGAAGGCUCAUCAGAUUCAAGGAAAUAGAUGGGCUUCAAUAGCUAGGCUUUUCCCUGGAAGAACAGACAACGCUGUGAAGAACCACUACCAUGUAGUGAUGGCAAGAAGAAAGCGAGAACGCCUAUCAUCUGUCUAUGGUAAGAGAAGUUUCCAUGUUCAUCCAACUGAAUCUAACAAAAAAACUGCUCCUGGUUCCAAUUUUGAAAGCUGUUAUAGGCCUCAUCAACAACUAGUUGAUCACUCUAAAUUAGGGUUUCGAAGCAGUGUUUGCUUCCCCAUGUGUUCAAGUUCAUCUCCUUCUUGGACUAUUAGUGCUUCAACCAUCACCAACGAGUCGUUAAAUUUCGAUUUCUUCAAUGGAAAAAGAAAGGAUUAUAUGAAUUCAUCAAGUUCUUGUUCUCAGCACACUAAAGAGGGAUCACAUGGCUUUAAUGGAUCCAUCUAUGGUGGCUGCUACCAAAGUCUCUUUGGAUCAUCACCUCAGCUCUCUAGCUUUAAGAAAGUUGCUCCCAAUAAUAAUCCUUUUGCUUUAGUAAGUUAUGGAGAUGGGGGCUAUGCAAGCAAAUCAGCUACAUUGCUAAAAGAGCAAGGAGAUGGAGCAAUCAAGCAAAAGGAUGUUUCCUUUAUAGAUUUUCUUGGUGUGGGAAUCUCUUAAUUAUGAGCUUCAACAUAAUUAAUCUUGGUAUCAUCUUCUCAAUUUUCCUCUAUUAUCUAUAUGAAAUUUAGCAAGGAGAGGAGAUGCAGCUAGCUAGGUACAUUUUGUUUUUUCACCCAUGAUUUUAGAACUUUGGUUAUGGCCUUUUGUUUUCUUUUUGUUUUCUUUGUUUUCUCAUUUCCCCCAAAAUUGUCAGAUGAACUCCCACCAUAAAAAGAGUUGAUUAUGUAUGAUUUGAUCUCUAGAGGAAGGUGAUAUAUAUAAGUUAUUUUCUACCUUAA